CCUGCCUCGUGAGGUGAUUGCAAUGGUAUCACCUGACACGACUGCACUCGGAGGGGAGACCUUUAUCUUCCCGCCGUUUGAUGAACUUCCACUCGUUCCUGGCCAGCCUCAAGGUUGUCUCUGGGGAUUUCUCGAUCGAAAUGGAAACAAGGACGAAUUGGGAAGUAUGGAUGUCUGACAUCAUGCAUUACACUUGAUCUUUCUAGAGUGUCAUCGACGACAGGCAACGGCAGUACGUCUUUUUGGACCUGAAUCUGACUGCAGUGAGCCGUUGGCGGGGAUGAUGUUUGAAAUCAAUGGCCAUGACUGGUGAUGAAGCGGGGAUGCUAUAUAAAAUGCGGGUAAGCAUCGGGUACGCUCAGAUAGCAGAUCUAUAGUCAUUAGGAUUGAUUGAUAACGACUCAACUAUGCAUAUUGCAUUCUUUCUU